AUGCUACUCAGAUUACAAUGGCCUUGCCGCCGUGUCCAUCACAAUGCUAAGUUUCUUGGUUCCAUAACUGCUAGAUCCUUUGCUUCUUCCACGCCCCGGCACAAUGAUCUUGCUACAUCAAAAACUCGUAACAUUGGCAUUAUAGCCCAUAUCGAUGCGGUAUGUCGCAACACGUACUUCUUGAAAAUACUAGGAGGUCAGUAUUUGCGUGCCACGAUUUUCUUGUUGUUUGUAUCUGCUUUAGAAGCAAACCGUGUGCUGAGUUUUUCUCANGAUGUCGACGAAGGCUCUACCGUGACAGAUUUCCUACCUGCAGAACGCGCUAGAGGUAUCACCAUUCAAUCAGCAGCAGUGACNUUUUCCUGGCCACCAGCUGCUUCUUCAGCUACCGAUCUCUCGUCCAACAAGAUUGUCCUGCCACGUUCCACACAGAGUCACAACAUCAAUCUGAUCGAUACACCUGGUCACGCUGAUUUUACUUUCGAGGUCCUUCGAUCUCUGCGUAUCUUGGAUGGCGCUGUUUGCAUCCUUGACGGAGUUGCUGGUGUCGAAGCGCAGACAGAAAAGGUCUGGACCCAAGCAACACAGUACCAGAUCCCCAAGAUCUUGUUCGUGAACAAGCUCGAUCGCGAAGGUGCUGCAUUCGCGAGAACCAUAUCAGAGAUAGGCACACGUCUACGUGUUUGGCCGGCAUUGUGCCAGAUUCCAUGGUGGCGCCCUGGUGACCUCAAGCUUCAGGGCGUUGGCGAUGCCGUAGGUCUUCGUGCCUUGUUGUAUGAGNNGGAGGGUGGUGACGGCAAAGCCCUCAAAGUGUUCUCACUCAAGGACCUGGAAGCCGAUAGCUCUGCUUUCGCAGAAGAGAUUAAGAAAGCCAGAACCGCCUUGGUUGAGCUGCUCAGUGAAUAUGACGAUGAGAUGGUCGAAAAGUUCCUGGAAUAUGACGAAGAUCAUCUGGCUAUCCCGUCCGUCGACAUCACAGAGAGUCUGAGAAGAUGUACUCUGCAGCAACCACAAAAGCUCGUGCCUGUGUUUUCGGGCGCAAGUUUCCGCAAUGUCGGUGUGCAACCACUACUGGAUGCAGUCGUAGAUCUCCUUCCAUCACCGCAGGAGCGAUCUGAUCCGGAAGCUAGUGUGGGUCCUUCCAAGUACGGGCUGAAUGAUCUCCUCUCAGGAAAAAGUGCUUUGCCUGCAGCCGUUGAGGCCAANAAGCAACCGAAAACCAAAGCAUUGGCUGCAAGCAAAAAUAUGUCCAUCAUCAAGAGUCUUGAAGCUUGUGCUCUGGCCUUCAAGGUUGUCACUGAUCCCCGUCGAGGUGUCCUGGUUUAUGUUCGAGUAUACUCUGGAUCGAUCACAAAGAAUGCUCCCCUCUUCAACACAAAUCUUGGCAUCACCGAGAAGGCUCCUCGUUUGCUGAGAAUGUACGCUGAUGAGGCUGUCGAAAUCUCUUCGAUUGAGGCAGGUCAGAUUGGAGUCAUUCCUGGGUUAAAGUCCACACGUACAGGUGAUACACUUAUUCUGUACAGCGGAGUGAACCCGAAGGUUGGUCCCCCAUCGCCGAUCAACACUCUUCAACUUAGACCGAUUGCUGUUCCUCCACCUGUUUUCUUCACAAGUGUAGAGCCAAACAGUUUAGCUGAGGAGAAACACAUCUCUGAGACUUUGGCACUCUUACUUCGAGAAGAUCCUAGCUUGAACGUGAGGGAAGAUCCCGAGAGUGGACAGACUCACUUAGCUGGCAUGGGCGAACUUCAUCUGGAAAUCGCUCGCGACAGACUCAUCAACGACCUCAAAGCAAAAGCUAGAAUCGGCAAUAUCCAGAUUGGCUACCGUGAAGCCCUCUCUGCUCCUUCUUCGGACGCGUUCGCGAUUUUCGAUAGAGAAGUUGCUGGAAAGGCAUCUAAAGCGGGAUGUACUGCGAGCGUAACGCCUUUUGAAGAAUCGGAGCUGGAUGCAGCCGACGAUCACACGCAUGUGUUCUCACUGUUAGACGACAACUAUCUGGUUUUGAAGACUCCCACUCUUUACCCAGAUGGUUCAGCAACAGACUCUGAACUGCCACCUCUACCCUCCACCUUGCCGAUGCAAAUGCUACAAUCAGCCAUGCAGACUGGUGUUACGGCAGCUCUUGCGCGUGGUCCCUCACACGGCUACCCUCUCCACUCCACCAAGAUCAACAUUACCUUUGACCCCUCCGAGCAUCUCUUUCAAACCACUAAUGCUGCUGCUAUCUCGUCAGCGGCUCGUCUCGCUGUACAGAAGGCCUUGCGCGAGUCAGCAGAUGCCAGCUCUGGCACAGCACUGAUGGAGCCCGUCAUGAACGUCACAAUCACCGUUGACGAACCCAGUCUCGGAAGCGUGGUACACGACAUCAGCUCUGCCAGAGGAGGACAAGUCGUAUCUCUCGGUGCCGACGACGAAACCGGCACCUCAGAAGACGAUGUCGAAAUCGACCCUACAAGGAUUUACUCACCACCCGAUCCAUUUGGUGGUUCGGCGUCAAGUAUCGGCGCAGGAUCUGUCAGUGUAGGCAAUCAGAUGCGCCAGAUCGUGGCAAGGGUGCCUCUCAAGGAGAUGGUUGGGUAUUUGAAGCACUUGCGCAGUUUGACACAGGGAAGAGGCACAUUUGUUAUGACUGUUGACCGGUUUGAAAAGAUGAAUCCGCAGAGGAUGAAGCUUGCACUAUCCGAGAUGAGCGGUGGGUUCUAG